GGUCAGAAAAACACCUGAGUUUCACAAAUUCAGGUUUGCCUCACCACCCUUGCCACACUCCCCGAAAUCGGGACAUUCGCGCUGCUUGUACAACCAAAACCCUCAGCCCAGUCUGCGAGCUUGGAGGGUCAAUCAAAAGCGGACCAAGCCUUUUAAUUCGCGAUUAGAAGAGUGAUUACCCCAAUGAAACUCCUCAGCCCUCUCUGAACAUGCUUCUGGCGCGAACACGGAUGUGAACCCGUGUCGCGACGCGUACAGGUGGUGGUCAGAAUGCUCUGUGCGUUAGGGUAUGUACUGCUGUGCAGGUUUUCGACAGGCAGCAGGUUUUGUGUAGCGAAACGAUUUUGCUGGUGGGCUAUGGGGGUCCUGGACAUUUGUUGCGACCAGUCAUCCGAGCAUACUGCGAAACAAAACAUGUUCGUGUAGCAAGGCUACUCCUUGGCUGACGUACCUACUCUCCACCUACUUUGCACCUCCGUAUUUCUGGUCCGUUCCAACAGUGACGUGUAAAAAAACCUAGUCAUGGCUCUCGUGCCUCCCCCCCUCGGUCCCCUCGGUCCCCUCGGUCCCGCUCGGUCCCCUCGAGCUACGAGUAGGUUCUCCCCCCCACCCUCCGUCUCCUCGGUCUCCUCGUGCUGGGAGGAGAUUCCCGAAUCUCUAAACCUCCCUCAGCCGAGUCGGCUCGUCGCCAUUCAGCCCACACGAGGGUCCCGCCAGAGCGAUUGCCGUUUAGCGAGAGCAGCUGUUGGAGUCGACUCAACAAUCAUCUCGUUACAAUGUCGUCGAGCGACAACCCUUGGCAAAGUUUGCCAAGUACUAGAGUGGCCUCUAGUAGUUCUCGCUACGCACGCCGCACACGCACUAACCGUUGUUUACCGGAAACAACGAGAGUGUUUGUCUUAGAACUUCGAAUAUUUUCUUGGCGCCGAACUUCAAGCAAGCAUCAUUCACCCGCCGGCGAGAACCUAAACCAUGUCUCCACGGCGAAUAGCGUUACUUCUAUUCCUGGCGCUCGCUGCGUCGUCGUUCGUAGAUCGAGUACAGUCACGGCGGUUAAUUUCUCUCCCCGGGGGAGCAGCGCCGCGCCUUAGAGAUAAUCACCAUUCGACCGCAGCAAUAGCUGCUGCGCCUUCCGACACUGCGACUGUUGCUGCUGCUGCUGCGCCUUCCGACACUGCGACUGUUGCUGCUGCUGCGGCUUUCGACGCAACAAGCACGGGCAGCGGAAGGGCAGCAGCAGCAAGUGCAGCACCUACGACACUGAUAGCUGCAGCGGCUGCCCACACAGCCGGCACGAGCUCAAGUACACCAAGCGCGGGCAGCGCAAGGGCAGCCGCAGCAAGUGCAACAAGUGCAAAUGCAAUAGCUGCAGCGGGUUCCCACACAAUCAGCAUGAAUGGAAGUACAACAGGCGCGGGCAGCGGCAGUAACCUUGGCACCACCACCAUUGGCAGCAGCAAGUGCCGGUGGUGCUGGUGGCGUGGCUGGAAGGGCAGUUCUGCCAAGAAGUCGGCAGGCGGGUCGACCCGGGGGUUCAUGAGGCCAUACAGCGGCAAGGUCCCCAGCUACGCGGCCAAGUCCGUGUCAUUCAAGGGCGGCCCUGUGAUGUCGCAGCCAUUAGAGGUGUUCCUCAUCUUUCACGGCACGUGGCCAGACUCGCAGAGGACCCCAAUUACGAAUUUCGUAGACUCCAUUUCCGAGGCGACGCUGGCCAACAAGCCCGGCAGCGUCAAGGACUGGUGGAACAUCAACUGCCUCUACAAGUCGGGCGCCACCUUCGUCACGCCCACCGUCUCCCGCAGCAACACAGAGAUUGAUAUCGGAACCGCCUCAUCAGGCUCAGGCCAAGCCCCAUUGAAAAAAGCGGACCUCUUUCGCUCAUCAACUUCCAGAUCCUGUCGGGGUCGCUGCCGCGAGUAAGCAGCGCUGUCUACGUCAUCCUCACCUCCUCGGACGUGGAUGUGGACGGCUUUGGCUCCGACUUCUGCGCGUUCCACGACUACAGCGGGAGUGUCAAGUGGAUGUGGAUCGGCAUGCCCGAACAGUUCCUCGCCAGGUGCACGCAUGAAGUGGCUGCAGGUCUUGAGUAUCCCAACGGAGACCGAGCUCUCGACGGGGCAAUUUCCAACUUUGCCCACGUGCUUGCCGAGACGGCGGUUAACCCAACCCUCAACAGCUGGUCGGACGACAACGGCAACGAAAAUGUGGAUCUGUGCUCAGACAUAUGGGGCAGCGAGUAUCUCACUGCUGACAGCCCCGCUAUACAGUACAACGCCGUGGGUGUAGACGACUCCAAAUUCUUUCUUCCGACAAAUCUGAAUCCGAGCACAGGGUUUUGCAUGAAUGGGCUUUCAGUGCUUCCUGGAGCGUGUGGAAAGAACCUCUUUAAUUACCCGUGUGACACUGGGGGAGUUUAGUGGCGGAUUGGAAAGAGUAAUAACGGCCACAAACAAUAUCAUUUGCUAGCACCGGGCUCAAACAAGAUCUUGAGUCCUAUGCAGAUUUUCAUUGACAUUUUUUUUCCAAA